AUGGGAGACACUGCUGUAGAGCGAAAGGAGAGUAUGCAGAGGGCCUGUGAGAGGAGCAGAGCACAGCAGGAGGGCUAUGCAGCUGGAACCGGGAACAAAGAUAUGACCACUGAACACUGUGGGCGCGGGGAAGAAUCUACUUAUAACGAUGAGACUUUGCUGGCCUCCAGCGGGGGACUAUAUUGCCUGGGUGGAGGCUGCGGGAACGUUGACCCAGAUGAGAGCGCCCGCAUCUCCAGUGCCUUCUUCCGCCUGUUCCGGGUCAUGCGACUGAUCAAGCUGCUGAGCCGGGCGGAGGGUGUGCGCACCCUGCUCUGGACGUUCAUCAAGUCCUUCCAGGCCCUGCCGUACGUGGCUUUGCUGAUCGUCAUGCUCUUCUUCAUCUACGCUGUCAUCGGCAUGCAGAUGUUCGGGAAGAUCGCCAUGGUGGACGGGACGCAAAUAAACCGGAACAACAACUUCCAGACUUUCCCACAAGCUGUGCUGCUGCUCUUCAGGUGUGCCACAGGGGAAGCCUGGCAGGAGAUCCUGCUGGCCUGCAGCUACGGGAAGCGCUGCGACCCGGAGUCUGACUACGCACCGGGGGAGGAGUACGCGUGUGGCACCAACUUUGCCUACUACUACUUCAUCAGCUUCUACAUGCUCUGCGCCUUCCUGAUCAUCAACCUCUUCGUGGCUGUCAUCAUGGACAACUUUGACUACCUCACAAGGGACUGGUCCAUUCUGGGCCCUCACCACCUGGAUGAGUUCAAGGCCAUCUGGGCUGAGUACGACCCGGAGGCUAAGUGA